CUGGAUCGUCUUGACCGUGUCAAACACGCACCUAGCAACCUGUGGCAACUGGUCUCCGACCAAUGGACUAUGGAUGAAGUGAAACAUCAGAUGAUUGGCAUUCAAGGGGCUGAUACACAGCUCCCACCUGUAUUGGAGCGAAUCUUCAGUGGACAAGGCAGAGACACAGGUGGAGAGAUGGAAGGCCCAAGUGCAGCCAUAGAACUGCCACCUCAUAGAUCAUUCUGGGACAUCAUCAAGGGUGAUGCUCAGAGUGCUGAUCUGGUAGAUACUACAUUGUUGACCCAUUUCUUUGGCCAAAAGGGAGACAAGAGUCUUUCAUAUGAUAAUUUUUACAGGUUUAUGGACAAUCUCCAGACAGAGGUGCUAGAAUUGGAGUUCAGUGAGUUCUCCAAGGGAAUGCCAAAGAUAUCUGAGGUUGAAUUUGCGAAGAUUCUUCUUCGUUAUACGAAAGUCAACAAAGAGGACUAUGAAGAAUACCUGGAUAGACUGAAAAAUAGAGUACAGCAAGAAGUGGGGAUUGAAUUUAAAGUUUUCAAGCAGUUUUGCCAGUUUUUAAAUAGUUUGGAUGACUUCACUGUUGCAAUGAGGAUGUACUCAUUUGCUGACCAACCAGUUUCCGAAGAGGAGUUCCAGCGUGCGGUGAAGAUCUGUACAGGGUUUUCAUUGGACCCUGGUAUUGUGCACACAGUCUUCCAGAUCUUUGACACAGAUGAUGAUGGCCACCUUAGUCACGAUGAGUUCAUCUCAAUUAUGAAGGACAGACUACAUAGAGGCUUUAGAUCUCACCUUAUCCACCAGGGGUCGUGGCCAGCCUUCAAGAAUUGCGUCAAACACGAGAUGAG